AUGCUUCUUGACACCAACGAACCCCCAAGCUACUACGCGGCCACCCAAGACCAAGCACCCUCGACUCACGGGGAUGCAAAGUACGAGACGAUGGACGAGCUAGAGUCUGUCGCCCCUUCGUACAAGGACAGAGCCCCAUCCGUCGCAGGGAAAUCAGUCCCAUAUCCUAUCCCCAUCCCCAGAAACUACGGAUCUACCCCUGAUGACAACGAUCUCCCGCCUCCUCCAGCUCAGGCCGACGACGAGUUCUAUUCCGCCGCCAACCGCCAGGUCCAGCCCGCUAGACCCAACAGGGGUCACAAGUUUUGCAUCGCUGGUGGUCUGGGGAUGCUAAUAACCUACGCCGUCAAUCAGGUGAUCGCACACAGGGAGCGCAAGGCCGUGAUGCGUGCUCACUACCACGCCAAUGGCGGAUGCAGUAAAGGCAAAUGGGGCUGGAAGGACUUUGAGGAUCGGAAAAGCCACUUUGAGCGCAAGCUGGAGCGCAAGGCUGCCAAGAUUGCUAGAAAGCAAGAGCGCGUCAAGCAUUGGAGGGAGAAGAAGGAGGCCCGUAUUGCUCAAUGGGCAGAGAAGAGGGAAGAAAAGGAUCUUCACUGGGCUGAGCGUCGGGAGCGCAGACUGGCCCGUCGGGCUGGGCGGCGAUGCGGAGACUACUGCUAA